AUGGCUUCAGAAGGAGCAGCUCCAGUGCUGGGAACGGAUGUUGUCAUGCACCUUGGUGCCUCCUUGUAUGAUCCCAUGGCAGUGCUCUAUCCUCCACCCAUUCCUGACACCCAGCACCGGCCACCCUGGGGGCAGCACCUGCCACCUCCCAUCACCCCAGCAUUCCCUCCUGGCAGCAGCCAGCUGCUGCCAGCUUUCCCCACGAUGCCUUUGGUGGCUAAUGGUGGCCGUGGACCCAGUGCCCCUGGGGCUUGCAACCUCACUGUGCAAGUCAGGUCACAAGGGAGGCCAGUGGAGGCGCCCCAGACUCAGACCUUUAUCAUAACUCAGGGCCCCCUCACCUGGAGCGCUCCAGGGGCCCUCAGCGAGAGUACUGCAUGUCCUCCACCCGUAUUCUUAGCAUCCCCUGCGAUGGAGACCAUUGUGACUGCUCCAGCUGUUGGAGUUACUCAGGCUGGCAAGGGAGGCUGGACCCCAGGCUUUCCUCCUCAAGCUCCACCACCAGCUGCCCAGCUGGUCCCCAUCAUUCGCCCAGUGAACUCUGGGCCUUGGCCACAUGGCACUUCCAGGGAGGGCAGCCUGGCCACCAACCAGCCCUACGCCUCGCAGGGUGACUGCUCUAACCCCCAGAGCGUGUACAGUAACUUCCGACGUUGGCAGCGCCUCAAGCCACUGGCGCGGAGACACCUUCCCCAGAGUCCUGAUGCAGAAGCUCUGUCCUGCUUCCUCAUCCCAGUGCUUCGAUCCCUGGCCCGCCUGAAGCCCACCAUGACGCUGGAAUGGGGACUGUGCAGGGCCGUGUAGGAAUGGCAGCGCAUGAGCAAUGUUGAUUGGAUGAUCUACUACAAGAUAGCGGAAAAGUUCAUGGAAUUUGAGGCCAAGGAUGAGAUGCAGAUUCAGAUGUUGCAGUGGAUGCAGUGCGCGCAGGACCUGCCUCCUCCAGCCCCACCGAAGCUGGAUCCUCAGGGCCCCCCAGCCCCGAAAGUGGGCCUUCAGCCAGGCACCCAGGUUCCCACUGGAGAUGAAGGCACAGAUGCCCCCCUUACCUCCCCUCUCCAACAGUGCAUGAGGCUUCAGGUGGUCCUGACCCCCCCACACCCACAUCAAUGUCGCCCAAACAAUGCCCUCACCAACGUGUGCUCAGUGCCACACAGCUCCCAGAAGCCCCCGGAGCCCAAGGCACCCAAGGAGAUUCCCCCUGAGGCUGUGAGGGAGUAUAUGGACAUCAUGGAUGCGCUGGUGGGGCCCGUCCACUCAGCCACAGGCGAGUCAGAUGCAGAAGGUGGAGAGGACGGAAAUGAGCAGAAGCAGGAAGAGGACGGCAUCUACUCGGACCCGGGCCUCUUGAGCUACAUUGACAAGCUGUAUUCCCAGGAGGACUUUGUCACCAAGGUGGAGGCAGUCAUUCACCCUCGAUUCCUGGCAGAAUUGCUUUCCCCAGACGCACAGCUGGAUCUCUUGGCCCUAGUGGAGGAGCUGGAGCAGCAGGAAGGGCUCACCCUGGAAGAACUGGUGCAGAAACGACUCCUGGCCUUGAAAGAGGACGAGGGUGUGGGGGCAGCCCCGAGUCACAGUGCACCCGGAAUGCGCUCAAGUCCUUCUGAGCCCGACGCCGGCCAAGGUGCCCAGAGGCACGACCAAGACCCCCAUCUAGGGGUCAGUGAUGAAGCCUGCCCACCAGAGAUCGAUUCUGAGGCUCCUCAUAGGCUCAUCCAAACAGACACUGGCCUGUGCGGGCCCAAAGGCUUUGUUCCCUCUCGAGGACGUCAGGAGGUCUCUCCAUUCCGGGCCAGACCACCCUCCCCUCCCCAGGGUCAAAGGCGCGCUGCCCCUCUACGGGGACCCAGGGACGCGUCUGUUCUCAGAGAGGCCUCUCCUGUUCGGGAGGCCCGAGGGCCCAGGGAUGGGUCCAGUGACGACGACGAGGAGCUCCCCAGCCUGGCCUUCCUGUUCGGCUCUCUGCAGAGCCUGCUGCCUGGCUGGGUGUCCCAGAGUCCUGCCCAUGCCUCAGGCCUGGCCUCCCCUGGAGGUUGGGGGGCCCGAAGUGCUCCCCACGCCCCCUCCCGUCAGAGAAGAGGCCUCAGCCCAGCUCCACCAGCCACUCUCAAGUCGAGGAAGCGGGCUCUCUGUGUACGCCCAGCCAGUGCUGAGAAGCUGCCCAUCCCCUUGGCUGGCCUCGGGGUGUCUGGGAGGCCAGGCUUGGCACUGGGGCCGGCUCGCCCCUCACAGCCGAGAAAGAGAAAGCGUGACCCGUGUGUCACAGAGAAGACUAGGAAGAGGAGAAGAAACACUGCAGCCAGUAGGGAACAGCUGGGCCGGCCCUCCAGGGCGAGGCCCCAGGGCGGCCCCCGGGGGAGCCUAGGGGCUUCUCGUCAUCCCAGUGCUGACCCUGGAUGA